AUGUCCGACGAUAGUCUCGCCACCCAGGUACUACAUGCCGACAAUGAUUUAGACGGAGAAUCAGAUAUCGCCCCACCAAUCCAUCUCAGCACAACCUUCCGGUAUCUGUACAACGCGGACCAAGAUGAAUCUCUGCCCGGACCAGCACUUGGAAACUUCUGCUACUCCCGAGACCACGCCCCAACGCGCACCCGACUGGAAACAGUGCUAUCAGCACUCAUCCGCGGCCCAACACUAACCUACGCCUCUGGUCUAGCCGCUGUACAUGCAUAUCUCGUAUUCCUUAAACCGAAACGCAUAGCCAUCGGCGAGGGAUACUACGGUAGUCGCCAGGUAGCCAAUUUACAUCAACAGCUGACAGGCUGUGAAAUUCUGAGCUUUGACCAACUGGACGCUCUCCAAGAAGGCGACGUAAUUCACCUUGAAACACCGAUCAACCCAACAGGAGAAGCACUCAGUAUCAAACGAUUUGCAGAUGAGGCACACAAACGCGGAGCAUACCUGGUAAUCGACUCCACGUUCGGACCACCAGGCCUCCAGGAUCCGUUUGCGCUGGGCGCAGACAUUAUCAUGCACAGUGGGACGAAGUAUUUCGGUGGUCAUCAUGACCUUCUCUGUGGGACGUUGUCGAUCCCGCCAUCGAGAGAAGGGGCUUGGUUUAAGUCUCUACAUGAGCAGCGGACUAUUCUUGGUAGUGUGCUCGGAAGUAUGGAGGUGUGGCUUGGAUUGCGGAGUCUUCGGACGUUGGAAUUGAGAGUCCAGCGACAGAGUGCGAAUGCGACUGGUUUAGUUCGCUGGCUUGAUGAGUGUUUAAAGGGCGAGUCUGAAAAUGUUGUUAGGAGCACUGUCGCGGUUGUGAGACAUGCGAGUCUUCAGGUGGGAGAUAUGGAUUGGUUGCGGGAACAGAUGCCGCAUGGGUUCGGGCCGGUGUUUGCUAUUGAGAUGAAGACAGAGGAGAUGAGUCGUAAACUGACCGGCUUGUUGCGCUUGUUUCAACAUGCGACUAGUCUUGGUGGUGUGGAGAGUCAGAUUGAAUGGAGGAGGCUGGUGGAUGCGUCUGCGACGCCGACCCUUCUUCGGGUUAGCAUUGGGGUGGAAUAUUUGGAGGAUCUGAAAAGGGACUUGCUUCAGGGAUUUGAGGCGUUGAUGAGGACAUGA